AUGGCCGAUAAGUGGGUUGGCAAAUCGGUGUCGAUACACUGCCGCAAUGAUCUCGGUAUCUUCCAGGGCAUAAUUAAACGAGUCAGCCCGGCAGACGUGGUCAUCACCAAAGCGGUUCGCAAUGGAAUUCCGCUUAAGAAAAAUAACGUCGAGGUGACGGUGAGCGCACGGGACAUCGUCAAGCUCGAUAUCAUUUCGUGUAGUAACGUGCCGAGCAUUCCGUCGAAACCGGUGGCCACUGUGGCGGCCAACUCGGGUAUGGUCACCUCACUGGAUGAUCAGUUCGAUGGGAUGAAACUUAUGAACAACGGCAAGCAGCACCAACCGCAACAGUUUCAGAAUGGAGCCGGAAGUGCAUUCAAGUUGGCCACAAGAUCGCCGGCUCCAAACAAACUCCCAAACGCCACCAAUAAUGCAACCAGUGGCACAUCGGGCAAGGGUGAAAAUGUUGGCUCCAACAAAAGCACAAGCCAUCCGAUUGACAUCAAUGGCGCAACAUCGAAAUCCAAUCACAUGGUCGGCGCCUCGUCAAUUUCGUCGGGCAGCUUUGUUGGAUCCUUCGGUAACAACCGCCCAAUGGUCACCAGCCAAUCCUUGCCACAUACGGAUGGGAGCGCGAAAAAGAAUGCCACCAAUGGCAAGAUGUCGCGUAGUCGAAAGAAUCUUGCCAAAGACAGUACCUUCGGAUCACCGGACGAUGAUCCGCUCAUGAUGGACGUUGAAUUUGAUUUCGAGAAAAAUCUGGCCCUUUUCGACAAGCAGGCGAUCUGGAACGAAAUCGAUGCCAAGGCUACCGAGGGCGAUCGUAAGCAACGACAUGCAUCAAAUUCAGCUGUAAAAACGAAGUACCGCCACGAUGAAAAUGUGCUUGUAUCUACCCCCGCACAGUACAGAAGGAUCGAGAUCAAGUGUUUGGAGAACGUGGACCGGGACAGCCAGGAGUACGUGACAGACGAAGGAUUGGUCAUUCCAUCGAUACCGGAAACAUUGCGCCACACGGUCGAAGAGUUAGCCGUGAACAUGGGGUUGUCACACGAACGGCAAAACGAUUUUCUGGCUCGCGGAGCCACCGAGCUCGCACUGCAACUGCUGGGAGGUUCCAGGCGACUAACGCCUAACAAUCAGCACCAGUGGCCAAAGAUUGUGAUCGUGUGUGAAGGCGCGCUCGAUGAGGUCGGAAUAUCCACAGCUAGGCAACUUGCCAGCCACGGCCUAGAGACGGUCGUAUACUUAUCCUCGUUGACGGAAGCCACACAAAACAGCACAGAGGUUCCGUUGUACAUGGCUACAGGGAACAAAUUUACUGUUGAUGCUAAUACUCUACCUCCGUGUGAUCUCGUGAUUGCUUCGAUCAAAAAUCCAAAACUUGCGAAUCGUUUACGCAAAUGGAUCACCGAUUGCCGUGCGCCGGUUUUGGCGAUCGACCCUCCCGGUACCGGUAUCGAAGGCAUUUCAAUUAAAUGCUCCAUUCUACCGAUUCUACCGGUGGACGGCAUCGAUCAAAAUGAUGCCUGCGGACGAUUGUACCUUUGCAACAUCGGUAUCCCGAAACAGCUGUUUCGACGGGCCGGUAUCACGUACAAAAGUCCAUUCGAUAAGUUCGUCAUACCGAUCCACCGAAGGAAAGAUGAUUAAUCGGUGCAUACCUCGUGUCAUCAUGAGCGAAGUAAGACAACGCGGAUAGUUGAACGGAAGAGACAUGGGCACUCAGCGCUACCAUUUGAUGCAGGAAGAACGAUUACUUUUUUAAUUCUAUCAUUUUUAUUUAUCAAACCCUGCAUCAACAUGGGAAACCACGCAAGACGACAAAAUUUAUCAUUCAACCAUAUGACAUUAAAAUGCCAAACAAGAGCUAUAAAAUAGAACGGUACAAUUCCUCACGAAUCACAUGCGCGAAACAAAUUGUUAACGGCUCAAUCACAUCGAAAUAUUCCAUCCAAAAGAACAAAUAAAAAUCCGCGCAAAAACAACA